AUGGCGCCUUUCAUCGACACGAUCGACGACACGAAUUGCUUCGCCAAUCAUGGCGUUGCCAGCUCAUCGCCAUCAGACAUUGCUAUUAUCGGUGUCUCUGGACGUUUUCCAGGGGACGCUACUUCGCCACGCAAACUAUGGGACAUGGUGAUGGAUGGGAAGAACGCGAAGGAACCAGUUCCCAAGAGCCGCUUCAACGCUGAUGGCUUUUACCAUAAAGACAGUCGCCGACCUGGAACAGUGAGCGGCACUAAGUCGGGCUACUUUGUAUCACAAGAUGUCACUCAGUUCGACGCAAGCUUCUUUUCGAUUACACCGGAGGAAGCCAAAGCCAUGGAUCCGGUCCAGCGGAUUCUCUUGGAGACAGCAUACGAAGCUCUUGAGAAUGCUGGUCUCACAAUUGACCAAAUCAAUGAUGAGCCUAUGGGUUGCUACAUUGGAGGUGCACUACAUGAUUACUGGGACAUACAAGCCUUGGAUAUGGACAGUCUACCAAAAUACGCUGGAACGGGCACAGGAGGUUCCAUUUUAGCUAACCGAAUUUCAUGGUUUUUCAACCUCAAAGGUCCAAGUAUGACCAUCGAUACGGCAUGCUCGUCUUCGAUGACUGCGAUGCAUCUUGCCUGUCAGAGUAUUAGAUGUGGAGAAAGCGAUUCUUCUCUGGUCGGAGGCUUUGGCUUAAUGCUGUUGCCCAAUUUUGGUGUAUUCAUCAACCCCAUGUCUUUCCUUAGCGCCGACGAUAAGUGCCACACAUUUGACUCGGCGGCCAAUGGAUAUGCCCGCGCCGAGGGUGGUGGUUUCCUUGUGUUGAAGCGACUUGAUAAGGCUCUCCACGACGGCGACACCAUCCGCGCCGUUGUUCGCGCCUCAGGUGCUAAUCAAGACGGCCGAACUCUUGGUCUCACACAACCAUCUGCAUCCCGACAAGCAGAAUUAAUCCGCUCUACGUAUGCGUCUGCCAGUUUGCCCCUGAACGAGACAAACUACUUCGAGGCCCAUGGCACGGGUACAAAGACAGGCGACCCUGUUGAGUGUUCGGCUAUUGGUGCCGCUUUUGGGCCAACACGACAGAAUCCAUUGUAUGUGGGAUCCGUGAAAAGCAACAUUGGCCAUAUGGAGGGUAUUAGUGGAAUCUCCAGCAUGAUCAAGGCAGUUUACAGUCUCGAAACUGGCUGGAUCGCACCCACUCAUGGCUUGGAGAAUCUCAAUCCCAAGAUCAAGCUGGAAGAAUGGAAGAUUAACAUUCCUACCAAGGCGGUUCCAUGGCCCGAGGGUCUUCGCCGUGCUAGUAUCAACAGUUUUGGAUACGGCGGUGCGAACGCUCACGUAGUCUUCGAUGAUGCGUACCACUAUUUGAAGAAGCGCAACCUGAUAGCUCCCCACAACACUACUGUGGAAAUCUCCAGUCUGGAACAUACUGGAUCAAACCGGGCCAAUGGAGAAAACGGAACGAACGGAGCAAACGGCAAAUCUCAGAAUGGAGAGCUAGAAAAAGUGGAGGACUCGAUCUCGCGUCUCUUCCUUCUCUCUUCGCAUGAAGAGUCUGGCAUCCCUCGACUCAGUGAGACACUGCAGGCCUACCUCGAUGAAGCAGAUGUGGCCCGUGGGUCCGAAGAGGAGAACCGUUUUCUGCACCGCCUGGCAUAUACACUAUCCGAGAAGAGAUCAAGCCUUCCUUGGAAAUCGUAUACUGCUGCAUCGAGUAUCGAAGAGCUUCGAGAGGCUCUGGCUAGCGCGCGAACCCGCUCCGUCCGCGUGCCCAACAAGGCCAGGGCUCUUACCUUCAUAUUUACUGGCCAAGGUGCUCAAUGGUACGCAAUGGGCCGCUCCUUACAGAAAUAUCCCGUGUUCCAACAUUCUUUAAAUGAGGCAAGCGCCUGCCUGCAGCUCUUGGGCUGUAAGUGGGAUCUCAUUGAAGAACUGAACCGAAGCGCCGAGGAUUCACAGGUCGAUCUCCCGUACAUCAGCCAGUCGCUAUGCACAGCGCUGCAGAUCGCCGUUGUGGACCUUCUGGCCAGCUGGGGAAUCCGCCCAAAAGUAACAAUUGGUCACUCCAGUGGUGAGAUUGCCGCCGCUUAUGCCAAGUGUGCGUUCGAUAAGGCAGCUGCCAUGCGGAUUGUCUUUUAUCGAGGUCUUCUUGCUCGCAACAUUGGAAAGACAGGUGCCAUGGCUGCAGUUGGCCUAGGUAUGGAAGCGGCUAGGGGGUAUGUUGACCGUAUCACAGCAGGCAAAGUUGUGGUUGCUUGUAUCAACAGUCCAGCAAGCGUCACAUUGUCUGGUGACGUGGAGGGAGUUGACGAGGUCGUGCAGCUGUUGCAAGUGGACGACAUCUUUGUGAGAAAGCUCCGCGUUACGACUGCAUACCACUCUCAUCACAUGCAAAUCAUUGCCGAUGAUUACUUGGCCGCAUUGGAGGGCGCCUGGAAGAGCAACCCAGGACACGCGGAUGUCACAAUGUUUUCGUCUGUCAAAGGCAAGGCUAUCGACGCUACCGAGCUUGGAGCCUCAUACUGGGUGGCUAACCUGGUUAGCCCCGUGAACUUCUCGGGCGCCGUCACAGCUGCUGCUCAUGCAGGUCUUUUGGGAGGGAAGACAAAAAACAUGAGUGGCAUGAAGAAAGGAAGUCCAGACGCCAUCGUCGAAAUUGGACCCCACGCCGCUCUCCAGGGGCCAUUGAAGCAGAUCCUGGAUAGUGUCAGUGAGAAGCUUCCGUCACCCCCUCGUUAUCUAUCUGCCAUCAAAAGAAAGCACGACGCCAUUCAGACGACCCUGGAGGUCGUUGGCGAGCUGCUAAUCCUCGGCCAUCCUGUCGAUGUCCGUGCGGCGAAUGCAUACACAGCCUAUCUUGGAAAUGCAGCGGAUGGCGGCAAAAUAUCUGCCUUAAUCAACCUUCCACCCUAUGCUUGGAACACAUCCAACCGCUUUUGGAGCGAGUCGGCUGCUGUUGCGGCCUACAGGACUAGGAGACACCCACGUCUUGAGCUCCUCGGUGCACGAGACGAACGUUCCACAGAGACAGAACCAUCAUGGCGCAAUCUCCUCCGAAUUUCUGAGCAGCCAUGGAUCGAACACCAUCAAUUCCAGAGUAGCAACAUCUACCCUAUGGCGGGUAUGAUUGUCAUGGCCAUUGAAGCUGUGCGCCAGGUCCAGACCCGCAAUGAUAUCGCAGGCUACCAGGUGCGCGACGUCACCAUUGGACGCGCUCUGGUGGUUCCGUUCGACCAGACAGUUGAGACAAGACUUCAGCUCGCCCCGUGGCGCUCCUCAGCCAUUGCGGGCGACGAUUCCUCGUACUGGACCGAGUUCAAAGUAUCCAGUCGGAGCGAGAGCGGCACAUGGACGCCAAACUGCAGCGGCUUGAUCACCCCCGUAUAUCAUCCAAAGGGCGAUUCUGCAAGCAGAAAUGGCGUCUUCAUUGACGAAGAAGCCGUUGCCAACGCAGAGCUGAAGGAGGACUACGACGAGAUUCGCCAGCACAGUCUUGCAAAGCUGCAGCCCGCUGUCUUUUACAACACGCUUGACAAGACCGGAUUCCACUUGGGUCCCGCUUUCCAAGGAGUCAAAGAGCUACAUCUUGUCAAUGACAAGUCGCACUACACAAUGGAAGUGCUGGACACGAGAGAGUGGUAUCCUUCAAAGUGGGAGCCACCACAUCUCAUCCACCCGUCUGUUCUGGACGUUUUCGUGCAUCUUUUGACUUCAAGUGCAGGUUAUGGCAAGCAUCUGAAAGCACGACUGCCCGUGUCUACCGCAUCAAUUUACAUCUCAGCGGACUUUGAUUCGACUCCGGGAACCAAGUACCAUGGAUUUACACGCACUCAAAAGGUGGAAGGUACCAACAAAAUGGCAAGUGAUGUUUUCGCCUUCAGCAACAACGGAGGGGAUAAACCUGUCAUCGCGCUUCGUGGAUGCCAGUCUGUCGCUCUGCAUGGGUCGGGUGUAGAGUCAGACGCUUCAUCUAGUCCAGAGUAUCUUAACAGCGUUUCCCCAUCUCUUGGUGGCCAUGUUCCUAUUGUGCCCCAUCUACUUCCGGAUGUGACAAUCGCCAAUGCUGUCCAGCUCCAACAGCUGUUGCAGUAUGGUCCCGAUCUUGCCACCACACUGGGUAAAUAUGUGUCCCUGCUUGCCCACAAAUAUCCUGCUCUGGAAAUUCUUGAAUGCAAUUCUUCGGCGCAUAGUCUACUCACAAAUGCCCUUGUCUCCAACGAGGAAGUUCAGAAGGGCCUUAAGUCGGUUGUGAUUUCCGGUAUAGCACGUCCCGAAGAGCGAUCUACUUCCGGACCACUAGAUCAAUUGAUUCACCAUCACCAGCUUAAUCCUACUGAAGACCUUGUUUCCCAGGGCUUCAAGCACGAUUCUCGUGACCUUGUGGUAUUGAAUACUGCUCAGGAAUAUGAAGGCGACAACUCUGCAGUAUUAGCCAAUAUUAAGAAGCUUCUGAAACACUCGACCGGCGUUCUCGUGGUUGCAAAUGACGCUGAAAGCACACCCGCCAUUCCCGCCGAGGCUCUGGUGUCUGCGGGCUUCACCACUCCCAUCACCGUCAAGGCUUCUGACGGCUCACGUCUUACAAUAGCCCAAGCCACAGAUGACACUCCCGAGCCCAAUAGCACCAUUCAAAAUAUUCUGGUUGUCGCCCCCCAGAAUCCAUCAUAUGGACUGACGCAAGCGCUGGACCGAGUGGGAAGCGAGCUACAACACACGCAAAACUACAAUGUUGUUAAUAUCCCAUUUGGCGCCCCCAUUCCGGAGCAACUCUCUACGUACUUCGUGAUCAUUGCCUUGGAUUUGGACACCCCCAUCCUGGAAGAUCUAGAUGAGCAUUCCUUUGCCAAGCUUCGGACCUUGAUUCUCGGGACGCAGGGAACGUUGUGGUUGACCCUGGAUUCUGAGUCUAGGGCCCUCGUCAAAGGUCUUGGUCGCACGAUCCGCGGCGAGUACCCAGAAAUUCCAUUCACUACCCUCGCACUCGACUUGGCUGCGGCACUCGAUGUGGAUGUCAAUGUGACUACAACUGCUCAGCUCAUCGGAAAAAUGCACAAUAACUCAUCACAGGAGUUCACGGAUUCUGAGUAUGUUAUUCGUAACGGUCGAGUCUUGGUGGAACGUCUCGAACCGCAAGCCGAUCUCAAGGCCUUGUUGGACGCAUCCAAAUCAGGCCACGGUCUUCCCGCAGUCAAUAUGCCCUUGCAAAAGGCGCUUGAGCAGCAGGCUAGUAGUGCCCAGGCGCUGAAGUUGUUUUUCCGUGAACCAGGUCUCCUCAACUCGUUUGAGUAUCACCCCGUUUCCGGUUUAUCGAUCUCAGACCCCGUGGCAGACGGCCAGAUGGAGAUUGAGGUCCGAUCAGUCGGCUUGAGUUUCCGUGACAUCAUGGUAGCUAUGGGACAGAUGGAGGACGCCAACGUCGGCAUGGAGUGCUCGGGUAUUGUAUCAAGACUGGGCCCUGGUGUUGAAAAGUUCAGUGUCGGCGACCGCGUGUUCGGCUUGCACCCUGGCUGCUUCCAGACCCGCGUGCGCGUGGACCCGCGCACCUUUGAGCGCACCCCAGACAAUGUGAAUGACGAGGUCGCUGCCUCGAUGAUGGGCCAAUACUCGACAGCAAUCCAUUCGCUCAUCAAUGUUGGUCGUCUGCAGAGCGAUGAGUCUGUGCUGAUUCAUUCUGCAGCUGGUGGUCUUGGUCAAGCGGCCAUUAUUGUCGCUCAGUACCUCGGUACCAAGAAGAUCUUCGCCACUGUGUCCUCGGACCUGAAGAAAAGGUUUUUGAUGGAAGAGUAUGGCAUUCCGGAGCAACACAUCUUCAACAGCCGGGACCACUCGUUUGCUGAUGGCAUUAUGCGCAUAACUAACGGAAAGGGUGUGGAUGUUGUGCUCAACUCGCUCGCCAACGAAGCUCUGCGGCGUACAUGGAACUGUGUGGCACCCUUUGGCCGUUUCAUUGAGUUAGGCAAGCGUGACAUUUACGACAACACCGGCCUGGAAAUGCGACCGUUCCUGAACAACAUUACCUUCUCUGGUUUGGACAUUGCCGUCCUUAUCACGGAGUAUCCCGACCGCUGCGAGAGCAUCGGCAAACAGGUCUCGGAACUGUUGCAAAGGGGCGCAAUUAGGCCACUGAAGAACGUCCUGCAAUAUAGUUUUGCGGACGUAGAACAAGCAUUCCGACUGAUGCAAAGCGGCAACAACAUUGGAAAGAUCGUCUUGAUUCCACACCACGAGGACGUCAUUCCUGUCGUCCCCGGAGGUCUCGGUGCAUUCCAGCUGCCCCCAGAUAGUACUUAUAUUCUUGUCGGUGGUCUUGGUGGCUUGGGUAGAUCCAUUGCUAAGAUGCUCGUUGAGAAGGGCGCCAAGAACCUCGUCUUCCUGUCUCGAUCCGGCAAUGCAAGGCCUGAAGCGCGGACUCUGCUCGACGAUCUGCAGCAGCAGGGUGUUUCGGCAACGGCGGUUGCGGUCGAUGUGGCAGACAAGGCACAACUUGAGACUGCAAUUAACAAAAUAAAACAAACUUCUCCCCCGAUAAAGGGCAUGAUUCAUUGUGCCAUGGACUUGAGGGACGGUAUUUAUAACAACAUGACCGCCAAGGACUGGAAUCUGUCACUUGUCCCCAAGGUCAAAGCCACCCGUAACCUGCACGAGCUACUGCCAUCUGACCUAGAUUUCUUUGUCUGCUUGUCAUCCAUUGCUGGCAUCAUUGGUUCCCGUGGUCAGGGCAACUACAACGCUGGCAACAACUACCAGGAUGCCCUCAUGCACCAUCGUGCCUCUUCGGGUCUGGCAGCCACCAGUUUGAAUCUGAGUCUUGUUCUUGGCAUCGGCGUCUCCACGGAAAAUGACGGCGUAUUCCAGCUACUCAAGAACGGUGCUCUGUUGCCCAUGAAUGAGAUCGAUGUGCUGAACGUUGUCGCCGCCGCCGUCUCUGGACGUACCCCGACUCAAGUUGCACUCGGUGCGGCCACUGGCGGUCAGCUUGACAAGUCAUCGUCCAAUGAUCCCUACUGGUUCGCGGACUCUCGAUUUUCCAUCCUCAAUCAGUUGGAUCGACAGGCGGAUGGUGAUAACAGCGGCAACAGUGGUCAGUCAAAGGAAGAUUGGAAGAAGCUUGUAGCUGCGGCUAUCACCAAAGAGCAGGUCCACGAGCUCAUGCUCGGCCAGCUUCUCGUUGGCGUAUCCAAUAUCGUUAAGGUAGACCUGGAUGACAUUGACCCGAACAAGUCUCUUCCGGCGCUUGGUAUUGAUAGUCUCGUUGCGAUUGAGAUCAGGAACUGGCUCCGCAAGGAAUUCCAGGCUGACCUUUCUGUGUUUGAUAUUGUCAGCAACGAUCCUCUGCCCACUUUUGUGCAAAAGGUCACAGCCAAAUCUACCUUGGUCCCGCCCAAUCUCGCUUGA